AUGCAAACCAUUGUGCUGGUGGUGUUGUGGGUACUGGGAACAUCACUGGUGUUGCCAGACCCCGACACAGCUGGGGAGAAAGUGACUGAAGAGCCUAUUCCAUGUUCUAAGGGAUGCACCUGUCUGCAUGAUGACUACAGCUUGGAGCUCAACAUGUACUGCAGCGCUCGGAACUUCACACAAGUCCCUGCUGACAUGCCCCCAUCCACUCACUCUAUCUGGCUAGAUGGCAACUUGUUCACCUCACUCCCUGCAGCAUCUUUUAAGGAUCUUACUAAUCUGGACUUCUUGAAUCUGCAAAGUGGCCAGCUGGUGACACUUGACCCUCAGGCUUUCAAAGGACUUAGGUCACUAGCACACAUUCAUCUUGAGAGAAAUCGCAUCCGAGUUUUACCAGGGACAGUCUUCCAGAAUACACCUAACCUUGCUUCACUUAGUCUGCACAACAACCAGAUUGCUCGUAUUGAGGAAAGACUGUUUGCGGGACUGUCACACAUGUGGCUUCUCAACCUAGGGAGGAACUCAAUUGCAGUUUUACCUGAGACAGCUUUCCAUGACCUGCAAGGUCUACGGGAGCUCGUUCUUGCAGGAAACAGACUCGCUUACUUGCAGCCACAGCUUUUCCAAAAUCUUGCUGAGCUUAAAGAGUUAGAUCUGACUGGAAAUUACAUUAAGGUCAUCAAGGCUAAUGUGUUUGUUAAACUCACUAAACUGCAAAAGCUUUACCUGGCCCAGAAUCAGAUUGUGACAGUGGUACCCAGAGCCUUUGUAGGCAUGAAGUCGCUAAGAUGGGUGGAUCUCACUAACAACAGACUGACUUCCAUCCAUGAGGACACUUUCUUGGGCCUGCACAGUCUACAUGUGCUGCGUCUUUCCAACAAUUCUAUUACUGGAAUUAGGCCCAGGACUUUCCGUGACCUGCAGUAUUUAGAAGAGCUUCGACUCAGCUAUAACAGGAUCCGAGCCCUGGGGGAAAGGAUCUUUGAAGGUCUUGGUCAUCUGGAGGUCUUAGAGCUGGAGCACAACCAAGUGCAGGAGGCCCAAGUGGGUAGUUUCACAGGGCUCUCUCAUGUGGCUGUUAUCAACCUGUCUGGAAGCUGCUUCCAUAGUCUUCCAGACCAAAUAUUCAAAGGUCUGUCAAAGCUUCACAGCCUUCAUCUGGACAGAGGCUGUCUAACAAGAAUCACAACCCAAGCUUUCAAUGGACUUGCGGGCCUACGGCGGCUUUUCUUGCAGCACAACAACAUCUCUGUGGUGGAACGCCAGAGCUUUGUGGACCUGGUGGGCCUUUUGGGGCUGGACUUGAGUUUCAACAAGUUGGAGGCUCUCACAACCCAUACAUUCUCUGGCCUCAAGAAUUUGGAGUACUUGCUGUUGUCCAACAAUGAAUGUCGACAAUUUUUGCAGAAUGGCACAAAGCAGCUACUCCCAAGGCUGCGCUAUCUGGACCUGAGAUCUAAUGCCUUGACAAGCAUGGUCCCUGAUUUCUCAGAGAGUAUGGAAAAACUUUUGCUGUCUGGGAACCGGUGGAAAUGUGACUGCAGUGCCCUCCCCCUCAGAAACUACAGCUUGAGGAAUCCGUUGGUGGUACCUCGGCAAGUGGAGACCCAUGCAGAGGGUGAAGAGCCUGACACGACUAUCACCAUAUACAACAACAUUACAUGCACCAGCCCACCACGUCUAGCUGGUCAGGACCUGCGGGAUCUUGACAGUGAACUCUUCCAAAGCUGCUAG